CUGUGGAAGAUAGAAUUCGCCAGCCGAGGGGGCCUGACUGGAGAAAGCUGCACUGACAGAAGUGCCAAGUGGAACCAGGGCACAAAAAGAAAUGUUACGCCAGCACAAAUAGGUGUUAUGGAUUUUACUCUGCGAAAGGAAUUCAGAGACCUGUCUGAGCAUGAAGGGCAGAAGGUUAAUGCAAAACGCUAUGAGACUCAUGAGCAGUAUGUGAGAGAGAUGCAGCAGUCCGUUAUAGCACCCCUUCUCGACAUAAAGGGAAGUCUACUGCACCAGACUGUAACUGCAAAAAUGUCACCUAGUGUGCAUGCUAAAACUAAGCUUAGAGGAAAUGUAGCCAAGCUCAUUCACGGUCCACAUGACGACGACGACCUGUUGGCAUGUGAUGUGUGCGCAGAAUUUUACGGCAAAUGGGUAAGAAUUAAAGAACCUGUGAGGUUAAAUCUUAUGCUGCUUACAUGCCAACAGACCGGAAGGCUUUGGAAAGCGAGCCGUAAGCUGCGCCUCACAGCUUCAAAUGUGUCAAAAGUGCCACGAAAAAAAGAAACUCCGCCAGAAAAUUUCGUGAAAUCAUGCCUCUUCAGUCAGUUUAGGGGAAACAAUGCAACGAGUCAUGGCCAAAGGUUCGAGCCUGUUGCCAGGCAGAUGUUUGAGCGUCCUACUGGUAUUCAUGUUGAACGUUGUGGCACAGUAGUUAGCGCCACCCACCCGUUUCUAGAAACGUCAGCGAGCCCAGAUGGCUUAGUUGGUACAGAUGGCAUCUUAGAAAUCAAGUGCCCACUUGUAGAUGACUGCCUGCAGCUUCUUGAAUCCAACAAGUAUGAUGUCAAAAACGUUUCAAACGGAUCAUACUACCUUGAUAAAAAAGGAAAAAAUGGCUACUAUUACCAAGUCCAGUUCAUAAUCUUCUGCACAGAGCGCACGCACUGUUAUUUCUUUGUCUGGUCAGCUAUGAACUUUAUUACAGUUGAAGUGCCUUUUGACGCAGAUUUUGUAUGCCUUCACAUUUCAAGGCUGUCAGAAUUUUACUUCAGGCACUACUUGCCAAGGCUUGUUGAUGCAGUUCACAAGAACACCUUAGACAUAUCUGAAUAUAAGGAUUUUGUACUAGCAAAAGACGCUGCAGUGUGCACUGUGUAAAAUUGAAUUUUUAUUUUUGCAAUGGAUUUUCAA